AUGGAGCGAUUGAGAACUUGUAGCAUUGGCGGGCCGCAGACGUUUCGCAUACAAAGCUUCCGCUCCCUGACUUGUUCUCCGCACUCCUCCGCUAUGAUGCUGAAGUGCGCUCUCGCUCUGGUUGGCUUGGCACAGGUCUGGGCCGGAGGCCAUGGACACGAGCAUUUGGCGGUGGUUCGCGUGUUCUCGACCGACGAAGAGGUGAUGCUGCUGAAUAUGAGCAAGAUGGGUUGGGACCAGACCGUGCCCUGCACGAACAAGUCGAACAUGAGCGCCAUCGACCUCAUCUUGGUGUACAGCAAGGACCUGUCCGGCAACUCUAUGGCCAACGAGGUCGUGAUGGACAUGGUGAACGGCUUCCAGAUGAAGAUGGACAUGGAGAUGUAUGGCUCAACGAAUGUGACAAUGGGCACGAUGUACGACUGGAUGGAGUGCUUCUCGGCCAUUAAGAGCAUGUCGGCCAUGCUGAACCCGGAGCAAGACGUCUACGACAGCAAUGGCUACACCACGAACAAGCACUGGGUCUCUGGCCCCAACCAUGUUUUCAAGAAGAUCUUGGAUGCCAUGUACAUGGGCGAGUACAUGGACAUGUACGACUCCUUCUUCCUCAUGGAGAUGGAUGCUGUCCCCAUCAAGGACAAUUGGCUCGUCCAAUUCGAGACGGAGGCGCACGAAGUUCACGACAGCGACCAGGCGGUGCGUGGCAGCCAGUACCUAGGCGACAAGUGGGAUCUCUUCAAGCAGAUGAUGCCCGUGUACUUGGUCGAGCACAUCAACGGCAACGCCAUCUACAAUCUGAAGAACAGCUGGACCAAGUACUUGUACCAGGCCUUCACGAUGGCCGGGGAUGCGUCGAUGAUGGAAGAGAUGGCCUUCGACGUGGCUUUCGCCAUGAUCACCAUGGCCGCGGAGUCGGGGGAUCCGAUGUAUGCUGCCAACUGGACGGGCAACAAUAUGACCUACAACACGCACACGAUGUUGGUGGGAAACUAUGCCAACACCCUCCUGAACACGAGCUUCGAGUUCGGCAGCUACAUCCGUCACGGCUCUUCCAAGAAUCUCUUCGAGAACUUGGAUGACGACAAGGUCACCUUGGGAGUGGCAUAUUUCGAUCAUCAGGGCCACUUCAUGGAGACUGUCCCCACUCACCACCCCUUCAAGAAGAUCCUGGGCAUCACCUACUUCGACCAGCCGAACAGCACGCAGACCAUCAGUGCUCCUGGAGGCGAUGUCACCAUGAUGAUGAAGCCGGCCAUGUAUGAGCCCUAUUUCCAUCUCUGUGAGAUUGCCGAGCUGGUGGACACCGACUGGUUCGCCCUCACGGACAACUACCACAUUGUGAAGGCUCCGGUGAGCGUCCUCAUGGACGACGAGAUGCUGGGCUUGAUGAAAGAGGUCGAUGCUGUUGCUGCGUCGGAGCAAAAGUUGCAGGAGCUGCGAGAGAGCUGUGCCGAGCACGGCGAAGCCUGGCUCCGCGACGAGCUCGGGAAGCGGACUCGCGAUCAGUUGCGUGGGCUCGCUGUCGCUGCGGAUGCGCAGCAGAAUAUCGCGGCGCAUUGCCGAGCAGGCGUUGCCGGUGCCUGCUCGAUGACUUAUGGCUCGGUCGAUGCUGUUGCUGCGUCGGAGCAAAAGCUGCAGGAGCUGCGAGAGGGCUGUGCCGAGCACGGCGAAGCCUGGCUCCGCGACGAGCUCGGGAAGCGGACUCACGAUCAGCCGUGCGGGCUCGCUGUCUGCCUAGCCCUGGCCUUCCAAAGUUUCCUCGGGUUGCAGCUCUGUGAACCGAAGCGCCGGGUCUCCAAAGACCUUCUGCUCGAAGUCAUAUUGGGACAGGUGACUGGACGGUGGGGUUGGUCUGUGUUCUGGCUCAUGGUAAUUUUCUCUUCCACAGGGAGGUGGAUCAAAACCGUUAUCGCCCAUGGUGGAACCAAGAGCAACUCCGCGAAAGAAGCACUUCCUUUCAGUGACCUCGAGGAUGACUACAUUGCUUGGAAGAUCAGUUCGCCAAACUACAACAUCUCUGAUGAUUUCACCCCGAAGGACAAGACGCGUUACGGAUGGCGAGCCUGGACCAGCUUGUGGAACCCGGCCCCGGUCGAUGACCGCAACUGCGACACCACGCUCUACGGUGUGAAGGAGUACCUGGAGACCCUCGGAAACAUUUCCACCUGUGCUGUCGACUACGUCGCAUGGCUACUACAAAGCGGCUACAUUUUGAAUUCGAUUGGGCAUGUUUUGAGUUUGAAAGCACAAGGCUUGGCUGCGAGCACCUUUCUGAACGAUUCAGCGAAGACUGAGGGCGCAGUUUACAGCGUCCUGGAAGCCGUCAUCGAGCUGUCGGUGGAGGAUGCCGAUGCAGUCAAGAACAACUACGACCUUGGCUACAUCUGGUUCCGCUGUGUGGGCUCUGACAAUGCCGUUGUCCUGGUCCCCGGGAAUGCCGGUGACCUCGCCUUCUUUGUCCUCCAGCACUACAUCAUCUUCGACUUGGAGCUCGACGACUACGUUCGGGAGUACCUCAACCUUCUCGGCAUGGAACACUGUGGAAUCGGUCCAAUCUCUACUGGUGAGGAGAAUGAUGUUGUGGAACCUCCUGUACUCGUGGUCUGUACCACAACGACUACUUCCAUUGCUACUCCUACGGCUCGUCGUCCCGACUUCCCCUACGAGCAUGUACAAGAUGCAGUUGCCCAGCAGCUCAUUCUUGGUGGACAAGCAGAUGUGCAUGUCUUCAUCAGGCGCAUGCUGGAUCACCAACGUCGCCUCCGUCGUCUUCAACUUCUGGUUGACGAAGCCAUUGAGUCGGCGAUGGAAUGGAUUCACCUGCCGCUGUCAGCGAGGUCGUUCAAUGUCGGUGUGAUGGAAUCGUCUGUGUGGCGAACUAUUGCGAGAGAAGCAGAUGAAGGAUCGGCGUCCUCCUCUCUGCCUCCGCCUGUGCCGAUCUAUCAUCCGGUGGUUCAGUUGAAGAAGGCCGACCGGUACCCCUGGGACAUUGGCCUUCGGAGUGGGAUCGCCCGCUCUAUCUGGUCCAAACUUCAGAAGAUGACGAUGUGCCUUUCUCUCUUCGUGAUGGAAGUGCCCAAGGUGUCAGUCCUGUUCCUCGUUCUGUUCGUCGUCGAGGCCGUCGAGUUCGUCAGCCACCUCAACUUCCGGAACCUGUUGGUGAACUACGUGCACUUGCUGAACUCCGUGAUGGUCCUCGUGGUGGGGGAAUUGGCUCGUGGACAAACCAACAUUCGGCUGAUGGAGGGGAAAGGCCUCGUUCCAGUGAUGCUUCGCAGACUGUGGUUAGUCGUCGUCGGGUCUCGCAUGAUCGUGAACGAAGCCGGAGUAGAGAUGCGUGAAGAAAGUAGUUCGCAUGAUGUCUCGUUGCCUCUUCUCUUGGAGGGAGGUGCUGGACCUGCUGCUGCGGAGAAAGGGUCAUCCUUUGCAACCUUGAUGGGUGUGGAUGUGGAGAAGGUGAUGCUGGAGUUCAUGGAGUCUCGACGCCUGGCCGGGGCAACGGGAAACGGCAACAUGCGGAGGAGGCUCGCCGAGAUGCUGACGGCGAGUUCAGAGGGGACUCCAAUGCUGAGGGCUCAAGCAUCAGAGAUCAAAGACGAACAGAUCUUCACCGUGGAAUUGGACUCCAUUGCCGACGCUGAAGUGACCUUGGGCUGGCAGAUGGAUGCGAUUUUGAGUUCAGGGAAUUGGAUUUACAGGAAGCAAGUUGAGUUUGAGACGGCAUCUGUGAUGAUGGUGAGCGAGGCUGGCAUCGGCGUCGAGCUGUUUCACCGACAUCGACCGCGGAAGUGGAUUGAUGAGUACCAGAAUCGGCUGUUGACACGGUCAUCUGACUAUGGCCGCGUGGGUGUGGGGCCUUCUGCCAUUGCUGGCAGCGGCAUCGAUGCCCAAAGGGCCCCGCCGAAGCGGCGCUUGCAGGAUUACAAUGCCAGCAAUGGGACAUACGUGAACGGCUUCCAGGCCGUGCAAACCUUUGCGCAGCAGACGCCCUUCCCCGUAUCCUGCUUCACUGCUUGUCCGGAGCUUGCCCUGCUCAACAACAGCUUCGCGGCGAUCUACGAUGAGCUCUCCGACGCGAGCCCGACGAGGACUAUUGAGUACUUGGCGGCGUUUGCGACCUUUGGGGAGCGCGUCUCUGCACUCUUCUGCCAGAACAGGGACUUGGCGGCGUGUAUCGCCAGCAAUCCUGCCUCCUGUGAUGCUGGUGUCGAGCCAACUGCGAGACGCUUGAAAGUAAGAAGCCAGCGAGCGAAACCGGCACGCAAGCCCGCUGUGGCGCCACGCAAGCCCCCUGUGGUGGUCGAGACGCAGCAAAUCCGACGGGCCGUUCAUUCUCGACUCUUGCAGGCGGGCUAUGGCGGCUAUGGCACUGGCACAACGGGGGGCUAUGGCGGCUACAGCGGGGCCGGCACCGGAGGCUAUGGUGGCUACAGUGCCUACAGCAGCACAACUGGGGGCUAUGGCGGCUACAGCGGAGCCGGCACCGGAGGCUAUGGUGGCUACAGUGCCUACAGCAGCACAACUGGGGGCUAUGGCGGCUACAGCGGAGCCGGCACCGGAGGCUAUGGCGGCUACAGCGCCUACAGCAGCACAACUGGAGGCUAUGGCGGCUACGGCGCCAACAACGCCUCAACUGCAUGCUGGGUAUGCGACUUUUUCGUCACAAACGCAACCUCGUACUUCAACAGUCUGGCGGACCCUCAGAUGUUGACCGUGGACGAGGAGAGCACCGCUUGCGCGUUGGCUUCAAUGAUCGACGUCUGCUUCUUCUCGACAGGCUGCUGCGAUGCGGGUUUCAACGCCCUCCCCGCCGAUCUGCUGCAGUUCUACGCGGAGACCAGUUCCUUAAGCUUCUGCAGCAAAGACUACUGGCCCUGCGAGGCCUCCGCGAGCACCACCACACCUUUUGGACCAACUGGUGGCUAUGGUGGCUUCGCCCAGGCUUGCAACGCCUCUGCUCUGGAGACCUGCAAUGCCACGAUGCAGAGCCUCAGUGCAUAUGUGGACACGAUCAACGUCUCCAACGCCUCGGCGGCAGAGGCAGCCAUGAUGUGCCAGAUGUACGACAGCAUCGACUCCUGCAUCUACGAAAGUGACUGCUGCUUUUCUUUGCCCUUCAUGAUCCCCGCAAACUUGAUGAAUCCGGACCUGCCCAACUGCUCCAGCAUCAACGGCAUCGAACCUCGAUGCUCUGAGUUGGCCGUUGGCGGCGUGUGUCAAGGCGAUCCCUACACCUUUGAUGCCGGCUACGGUCCCUGCGGGACGUACUCGCCUGGGAUGGCAAACUACCACUUUUGCGGACUGGACAAAGCAGGCGACUUGUAUGCGAACCAGGCCUGCCCCGAGUGUGGCAUGUGCUCGGUUGCGGACUACGAUGGCGCAGGUUCCAGCACCAGCAAUGGUGGGUUCUCCACAAGCUUUUACGGCGGCACCGGUGGCUACGGUGGCUUUACCACAUCUGCGCCAAGCACUGGCGACUUCAUUGGGGCCUGCCAAGGUGGUGAGACCACGUGGAAUGCCGGCUUUGGCGACUGCAGCACGUAUGCUCCGAAUUCCGGGAACCAUUACUGGUGCCCCUAUGACACGGACUCCAGUGGCAUCGUCGCCUACCAGGUGUGCCCUCAGUGCGGUCGUUGCUCUGGGUCGUCGUCCGCGGAUGAGGAGUUCGUGUCCAUCAACUGCGAUGAAUGCCACAUUUCGGCAUGGACCUCGACAUCUACGUGCCUGGACGUGAACGGCACUUCCACCGUUGAGGCCUGUGCGAACGAGACGCUGACCGCCGAGGGCUUCGCCUUCACCCUGGAGAAGCACAGCGACUGCUCCGGAGGUGUCAGGUGCGUCAUCUACACGGACGAGACAAACUUCUUCCCCACAGAUUUUGAAGCGCCCUGUGGUACCUUUGCGCUCGCGCAAGAGUCCUGCACGGAAAGCACCAUCGAGGGCGCGUUCUUCGUCCGAUAUGGCCUCGCGCCGCUGAUGCUGCCUGUGAUGGCGGGCACGAUCCCCUCUGACUUCCUUGACGCUUGGAGCCAGUGGUGGAAAGUGGGGUUGUCCGUGCGUCCCUACAGCCUGGCAAAAGAAGCUGCCUGCUUCUGCGACGCCUGCAGCUUCACCAAGAUCGCGACAAACUUUGCCACGACACCGGCGGUUUUGAUGCACAUCGACUCCGACGCCUUAGAGUUCGGGCAGGAGCUGCUUCAGGCCAAGGAGCACCAGAUCUGGAACGCGGCGUGCCCAAUGGUUGCAGCCAGGAGUUGCUUUGCGCAGAACCCGGUUUGCUCCAACUUCAGCUCCUCCCUGUCGUUUCUGGGCACUGCCUUUGCCGACCUCGAGACGCCGGAUAAUGCCUCGUGCAGCGCCGCAGGAUAUCCGAUCGACGGAAGCUACAAGCUCUCUUGCGGCUCCAACAUGUCCAACAUGUCCAAUACGUCUUCCAACACGUCUUCCAACACGUCUGGGACCACGGUUUGCCCGAGCAUCUACGUGGACUUCUGUGGCUCCCACGACUGCCGCGGAGGAGACGGCCUAUGCUCGACGGAUGAGAUUCUUUGCUUCCAUCGCGGCUACACGCCCUAUGGGAGCGUUGCCUGGGGGGAGGAGAGCCACAGCUGCGCGAAGCUGGAGGACGGCUGCGCCUGCAACGAAGCCUUUGAGGUGGAGUGCUACAGUCCUUACUGGCCACCUGGGCCGAAAGUGUGCGUGCCUGCAUCAAUGGGCUGCGCAUCCCAGGGGCUGGUGGAAGGCAGCCCAACUGGCCCCGGUGGUUACGGCGGUUACGGGUUCUCCACCACCUACUCGCCUGGAGGCUAUGGUGGUGGCAGUGGUGGCUAUGGCGGCGGGUACGUCUACUGCCCCGAGCUGUACUGCUACGAGAUGCCUUACAGCUCGAACGGCACGUUGGACUGGAACAUGUACAACUACACUCCGACGUGCAUCGACAAUGGUGCCUACGAAACAGGCUGCCCUUGCCACCCGCAGUGGGAGACGGCCUGCGAGAGCUGGGGCUCGAAAUUCUGCGUACCAGUGACGGAGGGCUGCUGGGACCCCUUCGACAUCGACUGUGGCUUCGGGCAGAAGAAGUGCCAGGACGAGUUUAGCACCUUUUGCUGGGAGGAGUCCUGGGGCAACUGCCCUCUCUACUGCACCAGCAACGAGACAAUGUGCCACAGCUAUGGCUAUGACGAGUUCGGCUACCAGAACUAUUCAGACUACCAGGAGUUCUGUGCUCCGUCUGCCACGGGAUGCCCCUGCAAUGCUCAGUUCGAGAACAAGUGCACCGAUCGAUGGGGCUACAGCUGGUGCCAGUCGAAGCAAUGGCCUUGCCCCAUCGUGUGCGGCGACAACGAGCAGGAGUGCUGGUUGACGCCCUACGGAUCGGAUGGCAUUCCGGACUGGAGUAUGUCCCAGAACCAGACAUGCCACCCAAUCAACGAGACUUGUCCCUGCCACGAGACGUACGAGGAGAAGUGCCACGACAACUGGGGCCACUGGUGCCAGACGAAGGCAUAUGGCUCCUGCCCGGUGUACUGCACUGCCAAUGAGAUGACGUGCUGGGUGGCGCCAUACGAUGCCAACGGCAGCAUCGACUACUACGCGAGCUGGACAGAAGUCUGCGCGAACAUCUCCGAGGGCUGCCCAUGCGACUCCACUUGGGAGAAGAAGUGCACCAGCCAUGGCUAUUCGUUCUGCGAAUCGAUCUUCAACAGCUGCCCCGUGGACUGUGGAAGCGCUUCGACGUGCUACCACUACAUCUCAGGCAACGAGUCGUGCGCCACAAACACCGGCUGCGUGUGUGAAUCCAACGAGAUCAGCUGCGCCAAUCCGGACAGCGGCCUCUCUGAGUGCUAUCCAACUGAUUGGUAUCCGAGUGGAUGUCCGGUGACCUGCGCCCACUACGAGAUGAUCUGCUCCCGGGUCUCCUUCUCCGCGGACGGCCUUAUGCAGUGGGAGGACUACUGCGUGAAUGGGACUGAGAACAACUGGAUGUGCCCAAUAUACUGCGAUGCUGCAACAUCGCAAAAGUGUGGCACUCCAGGCACCUGGGACGAGCACUGCAUCUCCAAGAACGAGACUUGUCCGGUGAGUUGCUCGGAGCAGUACUGCUGGGUGGACAACUACGACAGCGCCGGCAUGUGGCUUGACAGCUCCGAAUCUUGCGCUUCCUGGUCUGAAACGUGCCCCUGCGGCUCCAAUGCGGAGCUCUGCACGGACCCCUUCAUGGGCUACUCCUACUGCUCCCCUUCUUAUUGGGGCUGCCCGCUCUACUGCAAUCCACUGACCGAGAAGACUUGCUAUCCGGUCUCCUUCACCGUGGACGGUUUGCAAGAUUGGGAUGCACCCGCCAAUGAGAGCUGCCAGAACAUUACGCAGACUUGCCCCUGCGGUGCAAACGCGAAAAUGUGCCGAUGGACGGAUGAGUGGGGGUACGAGAAUGAGGUGUGCUACCCAGUGGCCGAGAGCUGCCCCGUCACCUGCACGUCCUCGGAGCAGCGCUGCUACCUCUUGGACUACGACGCCAACGGCUACCCCGGCCUGUAUCGCGAGACCUGCGUCUCCAAUGACGUGGUCUGCCCCUGCGGGACUAACUCGCAACGCUGCCAUGAUCCACACUGGGAUUUCCACUACUGCUACCCUCUCCGGGACUACUGGACCAACAGCACCAUGCGCUGCCCAGUGUACUGCACCGACGAACAGGACUACUGCUACAGCCCCAGCUACGACGCCUCAGGAAAUUGGCUCAGCACGGAGGAGUCGUGCGUUGCCAAGGGCACUCAGUGUCAGUGCACGGGGCAGAACUCCUUUGCCUGCGACUUCAACGAGUUUGGAUACAGCUGGCGUGAGUGCCUUCCUCUGGAAGGAGGCUUCUGCCCCCAGACCUGCGCCGAGGGGGAAGUUAGCUGUCCGUCGGUGGAGGAUUACAUGCCGGAUGGUACCUGGCUCGGCUUUUCCGACCCAUCUACGAGCUGUGCAGCCAGCCUGGACGACUGCCCAUGUGGCAAGGAGGCGAAGGUAUGCCCUGGCUCGACCAUGCGGUGCAUCUUCAAGGACGAGGAUUGCCCUGUCGUCUGCGGUGCGGAUCAGAAGAAGUGCUAUCUCACGGACUACACCACCGGAGAAGAGUUCAUCAGCGAUCGCGAGGUCUGUGUAAGCAACAACGCUGAUUGCCCGUGCGGCAAGAACACGCAGCGGUGCCCAGGGUCAGACGCGUGCCUCCUUGCGUCCAAGGCUGCCAUCGUCUGCCCUUGCGGAGAGUCCGAGAAGCAGUGCGAUGUGCUGGACUACACCACUUCAGGAAAGAAGUCCAAUAUCACCACGCAGUGUGUGAACAAGGGCAUUAAGUGCCCUUGUGGCAAGAACACGCUGACAUGCGCGGAUCCGAACGAUGCCGAAGCAGACAUUUGCAUUGCCAAGUUCAGCGGAUCGGUGCUGAACAGCUGUCCACAAGCCUGCACACCGACGCAGGAGGCUUCCGGCAACCGGACCUGUAUCCAGACUCACCUGAGCGAGACUGGUGCCUUCGAGUCUGAGACGAUUAGUUGCGUGCCUCCGGACAACUGCCUCGCCGGUAAGAACAUGCAGAAGUGCCCCUCCGGAGCUCACGUGCCUACAUGGAAGCAGUGCAAGGAUUUGUACGGCGUUGGGGCAAGCAACGCCUCGGCUGUGUCCAGUGGCGAGCAGCAGACCUCCACGGUGUUCUUGACACUCGACUCGACGGGCGACAACGCACUGGAUUCCCUGGAGACGGCACGGGUGGCUAUGAACGGCGAGCUCUACUUGCCCAAGGGGAUCCAAACCGAGAUGGUCCUGAAGACCGCCUCCGUCAAUCGCCGCCUCUCCUCGCGCUCCCCGCGCCGCUUGCAGGCGGCUUCUGGCGCCGUUGUGACGUUCGAGAUCAAAAACAAAGGUGCAAGCUCUGUGUCCCCUGCCAGUAUCGCCGAAGAGCUCAAGAAACAAGUCAAGAGCGGAAGUGCUGGAAUCUCGAGUGCCAUGAGCAAUGUCGGCAAGGUGGACACCAAGGCCGGUGUUGGAGUGGCCUCGUCGACGAAGACCAUCACGACACGCGAGGAGACGGUGCAGCAGCAGCGCGCGGCUAUCAUCGGUGUUCCGACCACCACCACGACCACGACCACGACCACCACAACUACCACCACGACCACGACGGAGGGACGCGAUUCCCCAACCACCACCACCACCACAACCACCACUACAACCACAACCACUACCGCGGGCAGGGACUCAGGGCGUGAAACGACGACGACGACCACCACCACCACCACCACCACCACAACCACAACCACAACCACAACCACCACUACUACCGAUGCGGAAGAAUCGAGCACCACCACCACCACCACCGACGAAGCUUCCAGCACUACCACCACCGACGAAGCUUCCAGCACCACCACCGCCGACGAAGCUUCCAGCACUACCACCACCGACGAAGCUUCCAGCACCACCACCGCCGACGAAGUUUCCAGCACUACCACCACCGACGAAGCUUCCAGCACUACCACCGCCGACGAAGCUUCCAGCACUACCACCACCGACGAAGCUUCCAGCACCACCACCGCCGACGAAGCUUCCAGCACUACCACCACCGACGAAGCUUCCAGCACCACCACCGCCGACGAAGCUUCCAGCACCACCACCACCGACGAAGCUUCCAGCACCACCACCACCACCGACGAAGUUUCCAGCACCACUUCCACCAGUGGAGUGCCGGCGGCAUGCUCAACAUGCGACGCGGUGGUCAGCAAUACGACCUCGUACUUCAACAGUCUGGCGGACCCGCAAAUGUUGACCACGGAGCAGGAGAGUGCUUCUUGCGCAUUGGCUUCAGCAAUCGAUGCCUGCUUCUUCUCGGUGGGCUACUGCGGCAAUGAGUGUUUCGACGGCCUCCCCGCAGAUCUGAUGCAGUUCUACGCGGAGACCAAUUCCUUGAGCUUCUGCACCAAAGACAACUGGCUCUGCGAGGCCAACAGCACCACCAGCCAGGAAACUGUCGAGGUCACCUUCCACAAAGUCCAAGUCCAACUGGAGAUGACCGUGGACGACCCGCAGACGAUCAUCGAGAAUGUGACUCUGGUCAACGCCAUGCGGCGCGGCAUGGCGAAUCUGCUCAACGUCUCCGAGGAUGCCGUCACUGUCAUCUUCGAAACCUCUCGGCGCCUGCAGUCCUCCACCACACUCAACGUGCUCUUUGAGGUAACUUUCAAUGAUGCGGCCGCAGCCGAAGUGACAAGGGCCGACGUGGCGAAUUCCACCGCGUCAGCGGCCACCCAGGAGCUGGGCGCCGUUCUCGCGGACGUGGGCUACCAGGGCACCGUGGAGGUCGUCGGCAAGACCGUUACUGUCGAGGUGGAGACGGUACAGGUUCCGGUGACGACAGUGACAUCGAGCUCAUCUUCCACUGAAUCUUCCACCGCUUCCACCUCCACCACCGAAAGUGAGUCUACAACUACCACGACCACGGAGUCAACUGAGAGCACGACCUCGACCACGACCAACUCGUCCACGACAAAGUUUCCUGCUGAAGAUCUCAUCGCAACUGAUGAUGCUACGUCUGUCAGGCUCUUCCUGUCCACCGGCCUGGCCGUCUUGGCCGCAGUGGCUUUCUAA